AAACUGCAAAAAAGCACUGGAAGACCCUCUUAAAGACCUGCGGAUGGCAGCAAAGCGCCUUUAUGAGUCAAGUCUGCCCAAAUAUCAGAAGAAGAAGAAGAUCGUACAAAACAGGACAUGGCAUAUGUUUGCUUGAAGUCCGGACUGCAUCAAUAUGAAGCCUGUGAUCAAAAAUGAAGAGUCUCUUCAGGGAGAUCCAGAGUCCAAAUCCACUAAUAAUGAUGUGGAAACUUUGGUUCUGAGUAAAACAGAAGGAUCGGCUGCUCUCUUUUGCAGACGGCUGAAAUAUCGAGUAAAAACUGAUGAAACAUCAGAUCAAAGUUCAUCAGAUACUGACACAGAAGAUGAGCUUCCCAUCUCCACAUCUCCAACUCCUGGUGAAGACUUCAUCAUGCGAAUACACACAGGAGAAGCGCCCUAUGUCUGUGAACUCUGUGGUAAAGCGUUCAAACGUAAACACUGGCUUAAAGAACACUUUUACAUCCAUACUGGUGUCAAACGCAAGCGCAAGAAGAGAUUGAGCUGUGAUCAGUGUGAAAUGAAGUUUGAGUGCUCCUCUGUUCUUCAAGGUCAUUUAAAUAAGCACAGAGGCGAGAGGCCGUUCGCCUGCGUUCAGUGCGACAAAACCUACUUCAAUCAACAUGAUCUUAAUCAACACCUCAGAGACUGUCAUUCAGAAAAAAAGCACGGCUGCUAUUUGUGUGGAAAUGAAUUUUCUCGCCGCUCUUUACUGCAGAAACACAUGCGGAUCCACACAGGAGAGAGACCUUACUCCUGUCCACACUGUGAGAAGACUUUCCCCUAUAAAUACAGCUUUGAAAUGCAUGUUAAAGGUGCUGUAUGUAGGAGAGAUAAAUGAGAUAUUGUAGUACAAAUGAAAAAUACGGAAAAAUAUUCACUUUGUCUCUCCUAUGAUGACUCCAUGCAAGUUGCCAGAUUGACGACAAUCUAGUUUUACACUGUGAACUGCUCAGCUACUUGCUGUGUUUGUAAUAUUUAUAUUGUUUGUUAAUUAAAAACCACCUUGUGGAUUUUUACAACUCUGAA